UGUCAAUGAGUUGGAGGAAGGUGGUUGUGACGGGGGAGGGGGCACCUGGUCUGUCUGUCUGAUUGGGGGGCAGAUCGCGGGACAGGCGGCUUGUACAGGUGAAUCUCCAUAAUGUCCGCCUUUCGCUCAGGGGUUCUGGUCCUGACUUCUCCUCUCUCUGCCUUGUCCGUGAAGCUGGCGCCCAUUUUAGCCUCUGCAGCAAAGAUUGUCCAAGACACCCUUUAUAUUCACCUCCAGCCAGGACUCCUCCUCACAGGUUCAUCUCAACCCAGCUCCACCUACAUUCCAGCCACCAACGAAGUCUGCAAGCUCAUUUCUAAAGUGUAUUCAGACGCAGAUGUCCACACUAAUCUGGAUGUCCGUGUUCUUUUAACCAAUAUCAAAAACCAAAGCAACAGCCAGCAGAUCCUCUCCUCUGUGCAGAACCUCUCCCACCCUCCAGAGGUGGUCCUCACAGACUUUCAGACCAUUGAUGGUGGACAGUACAACCCUGUCAAACAACAGCUGGAGCGAUAUGCAACAAAUUCUUAUAGUUGUCAUCCAAACUUAAUAUCAGUAUUACUGUACCCAGAUUAUGAACAAGCAGAAGAUGGCAGCCCUGAAGAACCAGAUGGUGGAGGAACGCUACUGCGGAGUCACAGUGAUGUUGUGGUGGGCGGAACAUUUGAUAGGUUACACAGUGCCCAUAAAAUCCUAAUGAGCGUUUGCUGUUUGCUGUCGGAAAGACGUCUUCUCAUUGGUGUUGCUGACAGAGAGCUUCUGGACAAUAAGAUCCUGAAGGAGCUGAUUGAGCCUUAUGAAACGAGAGUUGAGAAAUUGGCCGAGUUCCUUGUGGAUGUGAAGCCCUCUCUUUUAUAUGACAUAGUGCCUAUAUCCGAUCCUUAUGGCCCCUCAAUAACUGAUCCAGACCUGAAAUGCAUUGUGGUCAGUGAAGAGACCCACAAGGGAGGACUGUCUGUGAACAGGAAGCGUCUAGAAAAUGAGCUCGAAGAACUGGAUGUUCAUGAGAUCAAGUUGGUCACAGAUCCUCAACACUUGGAGAAUGAAGAGGAGAAAAUUAGCUCCUCAAGCCUCCGGAACAGAUUAUUAGGGACCUUACUAAAACCUCCAGCUGCAAACCCCAAUAUCCCAUCCCGGCCUUAUGUCAUUGGUUUAACAGGAGGCAGUGGCAGUGGGAAGUCUUCCAUUGCAAAAAGGCUGGAGGCCCUUGGAGCUGCACUCAUAGACUGUGAUAAAUUAGGACACCAGAGUUACAGACCUGGAGGACCAGCAUACCAGCCAGUCAUUGAUGAGUUUGGCGCAGAUAUCCUGUGUCCAGAUGGGACCAUUGACAGGAAAGCUAUUGGCAGCAAAGUCUUUGGAAAUAAGGUCCAAUUAAAGCGUCUGACAAAUAUAGUUUGGCCAGCAAUUGCAGUAUUGGCUAAAGAGGCUGUGGAAGAAGCGGCCAGCAAAGGAAUAUCAGUCUGUGUGAUGGACGCAGCUGUUCUGCUAGAAGCUGGAUGGGAUUAUAUGGUUCAUGAAAUCUGGACAGCGAUCAUACCGGAAAAAGAGGCAGUGGUGCGUAUAAUGAACAGAGAUGGCGUCACUGAGGAUUCUGCGAAGAACAGAUUGGCCAGCCAGAUGUCUAACAGUGAGCGGGUUUCAGUCUCGAAUGUGGUUCUUUGCACUCUUUGGGAUCCAGAGAUCACGCAGUUACAGAUUCAGAAGGCCUGGGAUCUUCUCCAGCAAAGAAUCCACCAGAAUACCCCCAAUGGGAGCCCCAUUUUAAAAUCAAGAUUUUAACUUUAGGAAAUCACC